AUGCUCGCCAACAAACCCAGCACAUGGGCGCAAGCGGGACUCCCUCCAGUGACACCGUCGAGUCAGCCGAACCGCGAAGCCGUACCACCAGAUAAUUGGGCACAAGCCAUGAACCCCAGAAGCAAUGCGCCACUUGACCUUUCUGCCUCGUCCUUUCCUAGUCUGAAUAACAGUGGUCUCCAAUCGCAGAGUCACAAUAUCUCAUCAAGUGCAUGGCAAACCGGUCCCCCGCAGGCCGAACAGAACCAGCGACAGCAAAUCCCGUCUUCACGAUCACACAUCUCGUCUCGUUCCCAACAGCAGCAACAAUCGAAUAGUGUACGGGACGGGUUCUACCCCACAGACACGUAUUCAAGAAAUGCGCCGAUGGAGUUUGGCACGGAGCCGCAAUCUCAACAACUAAGGCGAGGUAGCCAAGUACCGAGCGGGCCACCAGGGCUGCCUCGACAACCAAACAUGCAAGGAGACGUUUCUGGUGAUCCUAGUAGGGUGACUUCUCCUUCAGGUCAGACACAGAUAUCAAGGUCACCUGUUUCACAGAAUCUGGCGGCAGCCAUGGGGCACGAUCGAUUUCUUGGCCAAGAAGGCAGAACGCUACAGAAGGAUUUUCCUGCGGAUGCGGUAUCCAGCUUUGAGACGGCGACACGAGGAGAGCAAUCACUGGAGACGAUUUUGGGAAGCAUGACUGAACGGGAAAAGUUUGGCAUGAAAGGCUAUAUGGCGGAGCAGGACAAUGCCAGCCCAGCAGGACGAACGCUGAUGCGAGGAGUAGACCUAGCAACGCUGGGGAUCAACAUGAAUUCACUGGAACCACUGUUACCGAUGUAUCCCGGACCAUGGGCAGAACCUGGAGCACAGGCACUGAGGCCGCUGGACACAGAAUCGACCAUCCCCGACUGUUAUACGGUCAAGAAGAUUGCGCCGCUGUCGAGUCGAAUCAACGGGUUCAUGGACGAGACAUUGUUCUUCAUCUUCUACACGAUGCCUCGGGACUACACGCAAAUGCUUGUGGCUCAAGAGUUGGUGGCUCGGAAAUGGCGAUAUCACAUGAGAGAGAAGCAAUGGCUGACACGAGACGACGCAUCACCAAGUCCGGUACUGUUGGAUGACAAGGUGUCGGAACAAGGGUACUACAUCUGGUGGGACACAAAGCUGUGGAAGAAGGUUCGACGGAUAUACACAUUGAGGUAUGAGGAUCUGGAGGAGCAACCGAGUAUGGGUAAUAGAGCUAUUCAUCCCGGAGCGAUUGCAGGUGGUGUGGAGCGAGGCAUGGGAGGGGGCAACUUCAAUGCUGUACCCAGUCUGGAGCGGAUGGCUGCAACUGGAAGAGGGUUCUGA